GAAGCAUCAAAUCAAACAAAAGAUUCCAUCAGAAGAAAAGCGGCAAAGUCGGAACCAUUUUCACUCCCGGUAGAGAUUCCUUUUCGUGUCCUCGCUCGCCCCACUUCCGGCACGUUCGCGCGCUCGCCUUCUUGUGUAUUCGUUACAAAAAAGGUGUUUGUAAUUUUUGUGAUUUUUUUUCGCGGCGGGAGAUUUUUCGAGCCUAACCUCAAAAUCGGCCUCCAUUUUUUCGGCGGGAUUUGGCUAAAAAAAGUCUAGCGCGCGGAGCCAAGAUGCGCCAACGGUCCAUGUCCGUGUACCAGCCGCGGGACGACAACCGGCUGUCCAAGAAGUUUGAGGGUGUUGUUUCCGAUGUCGAGGGUCAGUCCGAUUCCGAGGAGGAAGAGGAAGAUAUUACGGAGGCCAAGGAUGAGGGCACCGUCGAGGCAUGGACCAAGGCGGACUAUGACCUGCUGGUCGAGAAGCUCCGGGGCGUCCUUCCCAAGAAGGACACCAAAAAAGCCAAGUCUACGCUGCAGCACAUAAACUGGGAGGAAAUUCAGAUCCGGCAGCACAGCACGGAGGAGGUGCGCCGCGUGGCGCUCUCGCUGGUGGCCAAGGUGCGCACGUACCGGACGCUCGGCGAAAUGCUGAACGACGUGCCGGAGGUGGUGGACAAGGUCCUCAGCGCGGACAAGCCAAAGGCACCGCUCACUGCGUAUUCCGUGUUUAUGCGGGAGUACAUUCCGCAGUGCAGCAACGUCAAGGACGCGUUCCGGACAGGCUCGAAGGCGUUCCAGGAACUGUCGGCCAAAAAGAAGAAGAAGUACGAAGAUGCUGCGACGCAGCUAAAGGCGGAGUAUCAAGAAAAGCUGGCCAAGUACUACGAGGACCACCCGGACAUGGUCCCGGUGCCAAAGGCCAAGAAAACCAGCCGCAGUGUCGGGCGUCCUAAAGGCGCUGGAAGUACCAGCAAAGCCCAGCUCAAACGGGGCCGCAAUCGAACGCCGUUCAACCUGUUUUACGAGUCCCGCCUGGAGGAGGUUCCGGCCAUCACGUUGCAGCAGUGCCGCCAGGAGUGGGAAGAACUGGCCGUCAAAGACAAGCUCCCCUUCAUCCGGAAGUCGUUCGAAUCGGCCGAGGACACAAAACUGCUCAACAAAAAGGAGCAGGAACUGUUUGCCAUUUCCUGCGGAAAGCCAGCAUUCAUCGGGCGGACCGCGUACGAUUACUUCCAGCGCCAGAACCGGUCCAAGUACGACGACCUGGCACCGAAGGAGCGCAAACAAAAGCUGGACAACGAGUACAAGCAGAUGUCAGAGCGGCAAAAGCUGGACCUCAAGGUGGCGUUUCUGGCGGCCAAAGACAACUACGUCCUCGCGUACCAAAAUUACAUCAAAGAACUCCCGGAAGCUAAGCAAAAGGUCGAAAUCGAGUAUCUGAAGAGCAUCUCCAGCGGCAGCGCUGGCAAGAAGGACAAAACCCUACCAACCAAGAAGACCAAGGAAGAUGACCACUACCCCGGAUCUACGGACGAAGACCCACCGGUAGCAGAGUCUACAACCAUAAAAAAGAAACAAAACCCCUCCAAGAAGAAGCCCGCCGUCGUCCCUCCCCCGGUCGAGGAAAGCGAAGACGAAGACGACGAACCCGUCACGCGACCCCCAAUGCCAUCGCCCACCAAAAGGUCCCGCAUGGAACCCCCGCCACGAGGCUCCCCCUCAAAGACCGCCGUCGCCUCAACCCCGGUCGUCCCCGAGCCGAAAGCAAAAACCAAAGCAAAGAAGCAGCUGGAGCAGCGCUUCGAGGCGUCUUCCGGCGAUGAUUCGAGUGCGAGCCAGAGGAACGGACGGAAGCGCCACAAGGAGGCCGAGGCGCAGGUCGAGGAAGAGGAGCAACAGCAGGAGGUAGCUGUGGCCGAGAGCGGCAAAAAGUCAAAGAAGAAGGCCAAAAAGGAGGAGGACAAGCCGAAGGUGCCGAUGCCGGAGCCGGAGCGACCGCCGACCGUGCUCGAGGAGUUCUACCGGCAGCGGGUGUACAAGGGAAAGGUGGGCAAGCACAAGGAGUCGUUUGCGAGCCUGUCGGCGGCCAAGAAGCGCGACAUCAAGGAACAGAUGGCGCUUGCCCAGAAGGCCUACAUCGAGGAGUUUGAGCUGUUCCUCAAGUCGAUGCCCAAGGACCAGAUCCGGGUGUACAUCCAGAAGGUGAACAAGAUGAAGGCGGCGGCGGCGGCACGGGAAGCGGAAGAGGAGGAGGAAGAGGGCAGUACGGAAACGGGCAGUAGUGGUUCGUCCGACGAGGAGGACGACGACGAGUGAAGGUAAGUGUGUAAGUGUUUCUUUCCUACAUUCUUUUUUUGCGCCAUUUUCUGUCGAGUGUUACGGGCAGAGAGUUAUGGUUUACAAUUUGUUACAAUUGUACUGAUAAAAGAUUUACCUAUUUCAAUUGUUUAAGUUUAAGUGAAGGACAAAAACCGCCAGCAUUUUUCUUACCGAGUGUGUUUGAUGUAAUCCCAAAUGAAAAAAAUACAAAUAAUUUUUAAACUUGUACAAA